AAAUAUAUCUAAUUUCAAAUCAACACUUGGUAAGAUGCAAAUAUGGAAAAUUAUUCAAGUGCCAAGAUAGGCAAAGAUAGUGUUUCGAUCUCUUUGGUGCUCUAGCCCUGACAAAAUGUUUUUAUGGCUUGUGUUGUAGUUUAUAUGUAAUGGUUGGCGCCUCUCAAAGUGCAGAUCUGAACUGGUAAUGUGUGAAAUAUUAAGCCUCGAUGUUUAUGACAGUUCGGUUCAUAAUGCAGUGUGCGGUGGGCUCAAAAGACUUUAUUAUGAGAACAAACUAUUCGAUGUUCUCCUCAUUACCAAAGAUGAUCAAAUAUCAGCGCAUAAGAUUGUUCUUGCAUCUGCUGCAACCUUUUUCAAACUCUUUUUUACCUCAGAAUUGACUUCAAGGAGUGUAUCCUCAGUUGACAUAUCUUUCUGUGAUUCAAAGAUAUUGAAACAACUAGUUCAUUUCAUAUACACAGGAGAGAUAAAUUUAUCUCAAAAGAAUAUCGUCAGUUUGGUCGAGCUUGAAGAUUUCCUCGGUGUUGGUCUGUUACACCAUCACCUAUCCCAUUACAUGCUGACUACUAUUAACGAUUACAAUUGUUGGUCAUAUCAUGAGAUCGCUGAUAGGCAUGGUUUCGCUGACGUCUUUGUCAAAGUUGACUGUUACAUCAGGAAAAACUUUAUUCGGCUCAUCUCUACGGGAAAGCCUGAGUUCCUCAACAUUUCUCCAGACCAGCUCUUGUCGUUUUUCAGUUCAGACUUUUUAGCAAUAUCCGACCAUGAAAGACUCCUCCUUGGACUAUGCCAGUGGAUGGGCGCUGCACCCGAUGAUAGACUCGCCUACUUGGAGGAACUGCUCAAUCAUGUGGAUAUUGCUAGAAUCAGUUGCUGGCGGGGUAUGUCAGAUCGCUUGGCAGCCUAUUUCAAUAGCGACUACCAAGCGCCCGUUACCGAUUGGGCCGAUAGGAUCGGCUCGAUGAGGGACAUGUUAGACAGGAAGACAUCUCUCAAAGGAGUCCUAGUGGAGGUGAUUCUGUUGAUUGGUGGAAUGAUGGGAGGAUCCGUCGUACCAUCAGUGGAUACGUUCAUCCCUCCGAUUCUUUUAUCCCGUGUUCUACCAUUAUCAGUUGAUCACAAGAGGUUUCUGAUCAUUCCUCCGAUGUUUGAAAGGAGGUACAAACCGACUGCUGCUGCUUCUGAGAAAGCUGUUUAUGUCAUAGGUGGAACGCAUAACCACGAAGAGCUGAAAACCAAUGGUAUCUCAUGUGAGGUAUAUAAACUAAAGGAAAACAAAUGGAACCUGUUACCAAAUCUUCCACAGAGCAAAACAUUGAAGAUUUCUAGCAAUAGGAGGCCGCCGGCUGCAUUUGUCGAGGGUAAUCUCUAUGUUGCUUUGCCAUCGCCUAAGCCUUCCUUCUGGAUGCUUUCUCGUAAUGAGAAGUAUUGGAUGCAGCUUCAACCGCCAAAGAGCUAUGAAGUGUAUGACCUUGUAAGCUGUUGCUCCGCAGUCUAUUGUAUCGGGAGGCAGUUCGAGGAGUCAUUAUGUUACCUGCUGGAGAGAUACGAUGCCUACUCUGAUAGUUGGGUCGAAGUGAGCGUGUUUUCUAUACAGAGUUCCCAACAACACUUGAAAGGCGUCUGUAUCGAUUCAUGGGUGUGUAUUGCAUCCUGUCAGGAAUGGCUCAGACGUGCCUUGCUUAGAAGUGGCUUCUUCAAAUGGAACGUCCGAAUUUUACCUCCCUGGAAGGAGUUGUUCAGCACUCGCAUCCUUAAUGGUCCCGUAGAUGAAGAAUUGAGUACUCUAAGCCCAUUGGCUGUGAUCGUCCUUCACGAAGACGAUGUAGAAGUCGUUCUCAAAGAAGUCAAGAAGGAAAAGGUUGACGAAGAUGAAGAUACCAGCAAUGUUGAGAUAGAGCAUCAUCAUAUCCAGUCGACGAUAAUCUGUCAUUCUUGUGGUGCCGAAUUUGCUGAGGAAACUGAAUUGGAAAAACACAGGCACAUAAUCAACUUGGAGACGCAUCAGAGGGAGGAAUGUGGCAAAGAACCGACCCUGAAGUGCUCCCUGUGCGACGAGCGGUUCCACUUCAAGCCUCAGCUCAACGCUCACCUCAUCGACUUCCACAGCAAGGCGAAGCUUGGCAGUCCGCAGCGAAAAUCCUCUCAAUCACAAUUACCUGAGGAACAGUAUCCGUGCAAAUUGUGCCCCAGAUCGUUCACUAGAGUCGGAUCUCUCAAUUAUCACCUUUCGAGGAAACACUCAGGCGAUAACAAGCGUAGUGCUGAAGAAUUCCCUUACCUCUGCCCUACCUGUGGCAACAGAUAUAAGUCAAGUACCCAGCUCUGCAGGCAUCGCAGGUGGGAAUGCGGGAAGGAACCAAUGUUUCAAUGUCAACUUUGUAUAAAGAAGUUUCACCAUAGGCACGGACUAAAGCAACAUAUGAAGCUGCAUAUUGCUAAGAAUGAAGCUCUGGGAACUGGAAAAGGAUCCUAUGCCUCAUUUCAGUUCUGUUGUGAGAAGUGUGGACGCGGCUACAAACUCAGAUCAAGCCUUAAUAAUCACAUCAGGUGGGAGUGCGGCAAGGAGCCUGUUUUCCCUUGCUCUGUUUGCGACGUUCGUUUUACUCACAAGGGUAACCUCAAGAAGCACAUCCUCACGAAACACGUCGUGAAGGUACCUCAGGAUGUUGCCAAGCAAGAAGAUAAUAAGAAUGUUGUUAAGUCUGUCUGUGAAACAUCUUCAGAUGUUGUAGCCAUCCAAUAGGCGAAAUCAAAGUGAAAAUUUGUCGAAUAGCAUAACAAUAUAACAGUCAGUUUAAUUAAUGAACUAUAAUAAAGUUGGAUGUAUGUAUGUAUUUUAAUGAUGUUUUUUUAUGGUUAUUACCUUUUUGUUCAUUGUAAAAUAAAGAAUAUUGAUUUU